AUCCUACUUUUUGCAGUACCCUUACAUGCUGCCAUGAUAGAAGCAGUUUCUGCAUAGUCAUAAGUACAUCGUAUGAUUUCUUGAAAACUUUGCGUUUGUUGUGUUGGUGUUUGUUGAUAUAUUACUGUUUUUUGUCAUGGCCCGAGGAAGCAGCGCUGGGUUUGAUCGGUACAUCACUAUCUUUUCACCAGAAGGACGUCUGUAUCAAGUUGAAUAUGCUUUCAAGGCUAUUAACCAGGGUGGUUUGACAUCUGUGGCAGUGCGAGGGAAAGAUUCAGCAGUCAUUGUAACACAGAAGAAAGUCCCUGACAAGUUGCUGGAUGCAAGUGCAGUCACACACCUCUUCCAACUCACAGAGAACAUUGGCUGUGUCAUGACAGGGAUGAUAGCCGACAGUCGCUCACAGGUGCAGAGAGCCCGGUAUGAAGCAGCUAAGUGGAAGUAUACAUAUGGCUAUGAGAUCCCCAUUGACAUGCUGUGUAAACGCAUUGCUGACAUCAACCAGGUGUACACACAGAGUGCAGAGAUGAGGCCUCUUGGCUGCUGCAUGAUAAUGAUCGGCUAUGAUGAUGAGAAGGGCCCUAUAGUGUUGAAGACAGACCCAGCUGGUUACUACAGUGGGUUCAAGGCUACCUCAGCAGGGGUCAAGCAGCUGGAAGCAAACAGUUUCUUGGAAAAGAAGAUCAAGAAGAAACAGGAUUUCUCCUACAAUGAGGCAGCUGAGAUUGCAAUCACAUGCUUAUCAACAGUGUUAUCUGCAGAUUUCAAGGCCUCUGAAGUUGAAGUUGGAAUUGUCACAAAGGAUAAUCCUCAUUUCCGUGUACUUACAGAGCAGCAGAUUGAUGCCCAUCUAACAGCCAUUGCAGAGAAGGACUAGUCCGACCUAGGAGUAACUUAUUUCACAAUCAGUCAACAUGAAUCAUCCACGUACACAUGCUGAAAGAACAGGGCUUUCAAUUUUGAAUAUUGGAGCCUGGAAUCUGUUCAUAUUGUUUUCUGGUGAAGCUAAUCCAGUUCAUACUGUUUUACACCCAGGAUAAUGAAGACUGUCUUCACAGAAGUGAUGAUGGAGUAAAGUUGUUGUUUUCAUUAAGAAUAAAUUCUUGCUGUCCACAAAAAAAAUCUCAUUUUGACUGUUGGGACCUGCUUCUUCAUUUUGAAUGUGAAUUAUACUGAAAUAAAUAAUUAUGUCUGUAA